GACGCCCCGCCCCCGCCCCGCCCCCGCCGCCAUGCGGUCCGCUUGGACUGCGCUCUGGCUGCGUCUAGCCUUGGCCCUGGGCCUGGCCCUCGUUGGCCCCCUUCCUGUGGGGCGGUCCUCGGCCAGGGUGCCCAUCUACGUCAACAGCUGGGCCGUGCGGGUGUCCCAGGGUUACCGGGAGGCUGAGCGCCUGGCGCGCAAAUUCGGCUUCGUGUACUUGGGGCAGAUUUUUCCUGAUGGGCAAUACUUCCACCUGCGGCACCGGGGCGUGGUCCAGCAGUCCCUGAGCCCACACUGGGGCCAUCGCCUGCGCCUGAGAAAGGACCCCAAGGUGCAGUGGUUCGAGCAGCAGACGGCGCUGCGGCGUGUGAAGCGCUCAGCGGCGGUGCCCACGGACCCCUGGUUCUCUAAGCAGUGGUACAUGAACGACAAAGUGCAGCCCGACCUGAAUGUCCUGCGGGUCUGGAGCCAGGGGCUGUCGGGCAGGGGCGUUGUGGUCUCUGUCCUGGACGACGGCAUCGAGAAGGACCACCCGGACCUCCAGGCCAACUACGACCCCCUGGCCAGCUACGACUUCAAUGACUAUGACCCAGACCCCCAGCCGAGAUACACGCCCAGCAAUGAGAACCGGCACGGGACCCGCUGUGCUGGGGAGGUGGCCGCCAUCGCGAACAACGGGUUCUGUGGAGCAGGUGUCGCCUACAAUGCCCGGAUCGGAGGCGUGCGCAUGCUGGACGGCACCGUCACCGACGUCAUCGAGGCCCAGUCGCUGAGCCUGCAGCCGCAGCACAUCCACAUCUACAGUGCCAGCUGGGGCCCCGAGGACGAUGGCCGCACGGUGGACGGCCCCGGCGUCCUCACCCGCGAGGCGUUCCGGCGAGGCGUGACCCAGGGCCGCGGCGGGCUGGGAACGCUCUUCGUCUGGGCGUCGGGCAACGGCGGCCUGCACUAUGACAACUGCAACUGCGACGGCUACACCAACAGCGUGCACACGCUCUCCGUGGGCAGCGCCACCCGCGAGGGCCGCGCGCCCUGGUACAGCGAGGCCUGCGCCUCCACGCUCACCACCACCUACAGCAGCGGCGGGGCCACCGACCCGCAGAUCGUCACCACGGACCUGCACCACCAGUGUACGGACAAGCACACUGGCACCUCGGCGUCGGCUCCGCUGGCUGCGGGCAUGAUUGCCCUGGCUCUGGAGGCCAAUCCCUUCUUGACAUGGAGGGACAUGCAGCACCUGGUGGUCCGUGCGUCCAGGCGGGCACAGCUCCAGGCUGAGGACUGGAAGACCAAUGGUGUAGGGCGCCAAGUGAGCCACCACUAUGGCUAUGGGCUGCUGGAUGCCCGGCUGCUCGUGGACGCGGCUCGCACGUGGCCGCCCACGCGGGCCCAGCGGAAGUGCGUAGUGCAGGUCGUGCGCACCGCCACGCCCGCAGGAGGCGCGCUCGCGGCCCACGCCCCCAGCCCCAUCUCGCCUCUGACGGAAGUGACGAGGAACGUGUCGGCGUGCGCCGGCCAGGCCAACCACAUCCGCUCCCUGGAGCACGUGCAGGUGCAGCUGUCGCUGUCCUACAGCCGCCGCGGGGACCUGGAGAUCUCGCUCACGAGCCCCAUGGGCACGCGCUCCACGCUCGUGGCCGUCAGACCCUUGGACGUCAGCGGCCAAGGCUACAACAACUGGAUCUUCAUGUCCACCCACUUCUGGGACGAGGACCCCCGGGGCCUGUGGACGUUGGGCCUAGAAAACAAGGGCUACUAUUUCAACACGGGUGAGAGGCGGGUGCGGCCCGGGCCACCGCUGCAGGGGGCUCCCGGGGGCUCCCUGAGAGACGCCGCGGCAUCUUUGGAGACCAGCCGAUGCUGGCUGCCGGCGCACGUGUCCCGGACCCCAGCUUGGGGCGGAGGGCAGCGGGGGCGAGGAGCCCGGAAGGGUGGCGCCAGGCUGCCAACAGCCUCCCCGCUGCUUCUCCGUGCCCACCACCACCCCGGCCCAGGGACGCUGUACCGCUAUACGCUGCUUCUGUACGGGACGGCCGAGGACAUGACAGCGCGGCCCCCGGCCCCCCAGGUGACCAGCAGCGCGCGUGUGCAGUGGGACACAGAGGGGCUGUGCCAGGAAUGCCACAGCCCCGCCUGUGUCUUGGGCCACCUCUGCCUCCCCUGCUGCCCGUCGAGGUACCUCAGCCGGCAGACGCUGAGCGCUGGGCCUGGGCACGGCCGCUCCCGCCCUGCGCGUCUACCCGAGCCGGCUCGCCUCCUAGUCCCCUUCCUCAGCGGCUCCCUGCUCAGCUGCGCUGCCUGCCCCCCUCCUACACGCGGAUGAGCGCCGGGGCGCCUGCUCAGGACCUGUCCCCCCAGCAGCCUCCCCCAGCCCGUCGCAGUCGCCCACCCCAGCCGGCCCGUGAUACUGGCCCUCCUGGCCGUGGCCUUCGGGAGCCCCCUACUCCGCAGCACCCUCACUGUAGGCUGCCCACCGCUGUGGGGGGGGGCCAUCCCGCCACCACCCCAGGCCCCGCCACUGGCCCGGGCCUAGAGACAUCUGACUAGGGGGCAGACAUGUGCCUGGAUUGGCACCACCGUCCUGCUGCUUUGCUCCAGACUGGAACCUGGGCUAGGGGUGCGUGGGCCUGACCCCCAGGAGGCCCUGCCGAGUCCCGGCCCCAAAAUUGGCAGGUCCAGGUGAAAGAGAAGUCUAGUUACACAGUUUGGGGUGGGAGUGGGAUGGGGUGGGGUGAGGGGGAGGCUGGGCUGUGACCACCGGCCCUUCCCAGGCCCAGAGGUGGGGGGAGGGGCAAGGGGAACCAGUGACACCAACCAGAGUCUCCGGCACCACGCUUUGCAAAUAAAGGUUGAAUAGGA